AUGUCUUUCAUAACGAAAAGAGAGCGUGUGUUCAACGAAUACGAUCUAUUCGAUUUGCCGGCGAGGAACGAAGGGAAACUGAAAGCGUACGCGUCAUGUACGGACGCGAGAGCUUGGUCCCACUUCUGUUCAGAUAAAAGCGAGCACUUGGUGGAGGCAAUUAAAAGGAACAACGAGACGGUCCGGCCAAAGUAUGUACCGACAAAUGUGAUCGUGGACACUCUCAUGGUAGCUAAGAAUGCAGAGAUUGCUCGCUUGAAGCGCAAAAUUGAAGAGUUCGAACAAUUGUUAGCUGCAUAUGAUCAACUCGAUCUCACGUGCGAUCAGAAAUGCGAUAUUGCUCAUGCCCAUGCAGCAAUAAGAGCAGCCAAUAAAGAACUUGAUGACCUGACAACCGGUAAAGAUAUUCUCUGUCUCGAUAUAAAAGGUAAAAUAUUAUUUAAACUACUGGUAUUGGAAAAAUUCUGCGUUGCAUUAAUAGCUCCAUGCACUCGAGAUUUCGUUGAUGAAUGUGACAAUAAAAUCGAUGAUUGUGCAUGCUACCGUGUUGACGUAUUAUCCCGUGUUAAGCCAACUUUUGCAGUAACAGCAUCAGACUCAGAAUCUCCUAAUCUAGACAGUAAAAGGGCUCAACUUGUUGCUGACAUUAUACAAAAUGACGAAAUGAAAGAAAUUUUGAGCAAAGAUACCAUCAAAACCGAUGAAGAUCUAAUAGAUAAUGUUCGAAUCAUAGAUGACUAUAACAUAGAAAGAGAAAACCUAAAACGCUUGAAAACUUUACAAGAAAAUUUUGAUGAUUUGAUGUCAUGUUAUGAAAAAUUAAAAUUGGAUAAGGCGCUUUUAGAGAAGCGUUGUGAGAGGUAUGAAGAAAUAGAGCGUGAAUUCGAAAGUUUGAAAAUGCAAAUGAGAGAAUAUGAUUCUCUAUGGAAUGAAAAAGAGCAUUAUCGAAGGCGCUCUGUUGAUCUUGAUAGUCUUAAAGAGCAGUACCUUAUAUUAAGUGAUGAAACUUCUGAUUUGGAGACACAACUAAAAGCUCAAUCUGAGAUUAAUCAUAUCAAACGUAGAGAGAUGGACUCCUUACGGAACGAAAAUAUUUCUCUAGAGAAAAAGCUAAAUGAGGCAUCAAUUGCUUUUGAAAAAGAGAAAAACGUUUUACUAUGCAAGUUAAAGGAAGCUGAAUGCAGAGUCAUGUGCCAAGAACAACAGAUAAAAACUUUAUCCUUGCAAAUUGACAAAAUACUUGAACAAGAUCACACUAAGCCUCUUCCAAGAGAUUCGGAAAAUCAUACGUUAUCCUUAAUGGACGAACUUCAAUCUUGUAAAGAACAAGUAAAAAACUUAAGGGAUGCUCUAUUUUGUAAUGAAGAAGAAAAACAAGAGUUACAAAAGCAUUACCAGGAUCAAAUGGAACUCAUCAACAAAUUAAAGUUGGAAAUAGAAGAUUGGAAGUCCACAUAUGAAAGAACAAUGCAACGCAAUGAGUACUUAGAAGAGUAUAAAGAAAGUUUACUAGAGGAAACCAGACUAUUAAAAGAGAAUUUGCACGAAAACACAUCAGCUGUUGACAAUUUAAUGAGCGUUAUCAAAAAUAAAUCACAAGAAAUCAAUAAAUUAAUGCAGGAAAUGGAAAGGAAGAAAGAUGAAAAUAGAGAUUUAUUGGGGCAACUAAAUGAUUUGAGGGAAAGGUUUAGUUCCAGUCUAGAUCGUAUGGAAAAAGAAAAGUUACAAGCUUUACAAUCACUACAAGUUACAAGACAAGAAAGCAAGGAAUUAUUAGAUAAAAUUAAAGAUUAUGAUGAAACGAUACACAAAAAAGAAGAUGCAACUAAAUCUUUAGAGUUGCAGCUCCAGGAAAACAAAGAAGUUCAAAAUAUGUUAAUAGAAAAAAAUAGAAAUUUGGAAAAAGAGUUAACUACCCGCGAUAAUAAUAACUCUCUUUUACUACAAGAGAUUCAACGCUUACGCGAGCUAAAUCAAUAUGCCGUCAAUAAUAUUAAUAGUCUCGAAAAUGAAAACAAUCAAUAUCAGAUUUCUUUAGAUCUAACACAAAAAGAAAGUGGUGAAUUAAAAAAUAAAAUGAUGUAUUAUGAAAAUUUAAGUAAUCAACUACAAAAUUUACAAGAAUCAUAUGACAAACUAUUUACAGAAAAAUCGCAACUCGAAAAUCAGUUACUUGAAAGUGAUGAACUUAUUAAUAGCUUACAACAAUCAGAAGAAUCAAAAGCAAAUGAACUCUCUAGACUUACUGAACAACUGACUGCUGAAAAAUAUGCAGCUGAUGAGGAGAUUAUAGAAAAAAAACGACAUAUAGAAAAUCUUCUGCAAAAUUUGGAUACUUUAACUCUUGAAAAAGAACAUUUAUUACGUAGGUGUAAAGAUGCUGAUGACUUAGAACGAGAAUUAGAAAAUCUGAAAGUAACUUACGUUGAAUUAUCACAUGAAAGAAGUAUGCUACAAAACGAUUUUGAUAACAAAACAGAAGAAUUUAAUCAUUUGUAUAAUACAUUAGAAAAUAAAAUUGAAGAAAACAGAGAACUAAUUGAACAGAUAAAAACUUUAGAAGCAAAUCAAGCUAUUAUUUUAUCUGAUGUGAAAUCAGCACAAGAUAGAUUUCAUGUAAUGGAGAAAAAAAGUGACGAUUUAGUGAAUAGACUUAAAUUUUUUGAAAAUUUGGAAAAAGAAUUUCAGGAAAUGAAGAAAGCGCAUGACGAUUUAAAAAUGGAAAGAGAUAAUUUAGAAUUUAAACUAAAAAUCCAACUGGAUGAUCUGAAGAUAAUGCAAGAAGAAAAUGAAAAUCUACAGAAUGCUUUAAUAGGGACAAGAACUGAGACGGAUGACCUGAUGGUUAGCAACCAGCGCCGCCCAUGGACACUCAUAAUACCAAAGAAGUUACAACAAGUGCGUUGCCGGCCUGUUGUGGGACAUAAAGGAUUUGAGCAUGGAGGAUGGGGGGGGGGUCCGGAAAAUACUAUAUCUUCUCUUAGUGAGGAUGUUUAUGAGCGCGAUAGUAAAAUAGCAACUUUGCAAAACCACUUAAAUGAAUUAGAAGAAGAAAUAACAAGACUUCACGCUAGCCUGGAUGAAGUAAUUGACACCGGUGAACAAAUAAAAGAUUUCAGUUUUCAGAAGCUUGAUUCCAUGAAGAAUAUGGAAGCCCAUCACUCUCGAGCUACACACAACAUGAAGAGGGAGUUAGCAAAACUACAAAAUGAAAACUCUUUGCUAUCAGAACAACUAUCAGUAACAAGAGUACAAUAUGAUGAGUUUUCAAGAGACAACUUUAAAAUUGCAUCGCAAUUAAAACACCUUCAAAAUGAACGUGAAAUAAUUGUAACUGACAUAAAGCAACUCGAGCUUAAAACCGUCGGCGAGAGUGCCUUAGCACCAAACAAAUGCGAUGUAGAAGACAUAUUAGCAUCGCUAGAUAGAAUUAGGAAAUCUAUUGAUGCGAGAUUUUUAAAAGUACAAACGUCUUCCCAACUUCUUUUAAGUAAAGCAGAUGAGGCAAAGAAAAUUGUUGAAAGAGAGAAACAAAAAAUAAUUAAUGAAAAAGAAGAAGCUAUUAUAAGCAGACAAAAUAUGGAAAAACAAUUAUUAGAACUUAAAACGAAACUAGAAAAUCAAAUAGCUGACGAUAAAAUCGUGAUGAUGAAUCAAAAGCUAAUAAGUGAUAGAAAAAUUAAGUCUUCUCAAGAUUACAUUUCUAAAUUAAAAGAAGAACUAGAUGCUCUACAAAGCUUGUAUAAAAAUUCUGUAGAGAAAAUAAGUGAACAACAAGAAAAAUUGCAGAACAUGACAAAGGACAAAGACAAGUUAUUAGAAAUGGUAGAAGAAAUAAAGGCGGACUUAAGAAAGAAAUCAAAUGAAGUAGCUGAAUUACAAAAUCAGUUGGACGCUUUAAUGAAAAAAACACACCGAAACAUGGAAACUCAAACACAUGAAGAGUUAUCGUUAGCUGUCAAUGGUACAGAGACCAGUUCAGGCACUAAAAAUAAGCUUGAUUUUAUGGAUAAUAUAAGCUUGAUCGAAACAAACAAGCCACAUGUGGAUAAAGAUCAUACUCAACUUGAAAUGCAGGUUGCAAGACCACAUUUAGGAAAUGAAGUACAAGUUUUAGCAGCCGCUGUAGAGCAACCACCUUUUGAACUUAUCAAAAGUAGUUAUAUUGAUUAUAAAAUGAAAAGAUUAAAGCUAGGUAACUUAGAAAAACAAUCUAUAACUUGUUUUAUUGAUUCUGAUAAAGAAAAAACGGAACAAGGAAAAAAUAAUAACUUUAUUGAUAUUUACAAUAGACAAUCGAUGCACACUAAUUCUUCAAAAGGAAAUGAUGGCUCGGAUAAUAUAAUCAGAAGCAAGAUUGCAUCUCAUAGUCUAGAUAAAUCGACUGGAUACACAACACAUGAAAGUUAUGGUUCUGAGAGCAAUGCGGCUAGUAAGCUAAGGGAUAGUAAAAUAAACGUUGUUUCAACGUCUGAAAACUCAACAGACAAAGAUUUGUUUGUAAUUUACAAAGACAGUGAGAGUAGCUACAAUAAUAAUAACAAAGCACAGUCAAAAGGAACUUGGUCUGGCAAGGGCCAUUCUGAAAUAGUGGUUGAAGCCGUCACUGUCCUUCCCAAGAAUAAUACAAAUAACAUCGAUCCUAAUAAUUACGGCGAAAAAAAUUCUUAUAUUUUUCAAGAAAAUGAAGAAUCUAUUGAAGAUGAUAGUGUAAGACAAAAACUGGAAAUAAAUUUGCCUAGAGUAGGAACAGAAAGUCCUUCAGAUAUUGAUAAGAAAUCUUUGGACUCAUAUACCCUUGCACUAUACCCUUCAGCAAAACGCCUUUCCGAUUCAGACACAAAAGUUAAUGGUGAAGGUAAAACUGUAAAGCAUGAUACUUCCUUACCAAAAAUAUCUAAUGAUGAUCAAUUUAUGGGCUCGUACAUUUCUCUAGGAGCAGGAUCAGAGGAAGAUGCUAUUAAACCAGGAAAAAGGAAGACUAAAGCAUCGGAAACUGGCAGUAGAUCUAAACAAAAACAUUCCCAAAAUUCUAAAAAAAGGCCAUCAAGUUCAACGCCUUUUGACAGCGAGUCACAUCAUAAGUUGUCAAGAAUAGGUGCCGAUGUGCUUCUACUUAAAGCAGAACAAGAUCAAAAAUCUUCUCAAGCUGGUAGAAAAGACUUUGGAUUGGAAUACAUAAUGGACACUGUACUGGGUGAAGUUGAUCCUAAUGCGAUAAAAUAUUAUGCGACAAAAGAUUUGCGCAAGACAAGGAGUGAUGAGAGAUUUAAUUUAAUAAAGAUAAGAGAGAAGACGGAUUCCAGCCCGUCUAGGCUAAAUAUUAAUGUGUCAGAUACUAUACGCAACAUAUUCGAACAAGUCGACAUAGAACAACGCAAAAUGGCUGAACACACGUACCUUAAAUACAUUGCCAACAAGAUUCUGAGUGGGAGCAUAGAUGGACCGUUCAAGCUGGAUGGUCUUCAAGCUUUAGAUACUCAAGAGCUAUCAUUUCUACACCUAAAGGUAUGCCGUAUGUGGAAAACUAAGCUCAACAAAGAAGAAGAUUUUAAAAAAAGGAUAGAUUCUUUGGAAAGCGAACUGAUAAGCAAACAGCGGAAUACGCAACAACACAUUGCGGAAUUAGACCGUAAAGUAGCGGAGGAGCGUCGCCGCCUACAAGAGGUUCGUGAAGCGGUCUGUCGCAGCUCUCCUAUUGAUGCUAGAACCUGUAGUCCAGAGGUUACAUUCCAUUAUGCACCCCCUCCAAACCCAGAAAAAGAGAGUUGUGGAGGCUGUACCCAAAGAGCCAGUAUCGAAGCGGGCGGGCGUAGAUCCGCUGGAGAUCUUGCUCCGGAACUGACGAACAGCUUAAAGCCACGUCGCAUACGACCCGAAAAUAAUAAGCGUGCGCGACGUGCAUCCGCGCACGCUGCUCAUGAGGAAGAACCCCUCUGUGGUUCGAAACUAGUGGAGCUUUUCUCAAUUAUACACGUGACUCCCACGAGAGCUGACGUUGAUGAACGUCGGGAGCGAAAACUAUACCACGACGAACCUCCAACUCGGCUGCGUCGGUCCCAUGACCGACAAGGGCAGCGAUCUAGUAAAAAGUAA